GUGACGCACCGCGCGGGUCUUGCCAGCUUUUCCGCUCGCGGCAAACCCUUUAAAUUGCGCGAGCGGCGGCGUGAGAGCUUCAGUUUCUGCCACGAGCACUCCAGCAGCCGAAACUCGAACGAGCUGUCGAAAACCCAAACUGCCGACGGCACGAGAGAAACCUGAAGAUGUCGACGUACGUGACCUCGGAGAGUCGCCGGGUCUGCCCCUCCGUCUACGGCAGCAGGUUCGACACGGCGCACCGCAAGCGGGCCGUGGCGAACAUCUUCGAGAACGUCAACCAGGACGCGCUGAUGAAGCUGUUCCAGAAAACCGGGGACAUGAAAGCGGAGGAGAGGGUGAGGAGCAUCUUCUCCUCCUCGAGCGAUCCCGAGGAAACGGCCAGAGCCCUGAUGGCGCUGAAGCAACGAAAGAAGGAUAAGUUCCUGCAGAUCGCGGGCAUGGUCCGGCAGUUGCUCAAGAUGCGUUGAACGGCUUCGCCCGACUCCGGCGAGAGUUACUGACGUGUCACUGGGAGGUUUGGAAGUCCACCUGCUUGCAGAACAAUCGGAUACAGACCGAGGCGAGGCGGGGAUGGUGACGAACAUGAAGGACAUUCCCGGUCAGGAACGGACACGAACUGCUUCCGCGGCGCGAGACAUGCAGACUCAAUCCCCCCGCGCCGCACGCGCCGCACGCAAGGAAGACGUGCAGCUACUUUAGUGGUGCGCUGCUGCGAUGCGUCUCGCGCGUGCAGAGGAGUGUUCGGUGGAACGACGGCCUGCCGUGGGUCGACGCUCCCGCGUGCAGGACGCAAAGAGACGCGGUGGACCGCGGUCUCGUGAACUGCUUGUCUGCAUUUUGCAAAUGCACACUUGACCCCACGGAGUGCACCACGUUGGUGCCUCGUUACUGGCGCACGCGAAGCCUGGGGCUCUGUCGCCUAAACGCGCCUGUGAAUAUUACCAUGCCUCUGGUUUUUCUGUUUCAUGCUUUUUAACUUUUUAAGUUUGUUACAACGUUGGAAUGACCUUGUCUUGCAUUUUCACACGAUUGUCAAGUUCAACAAUAAAAUUUUGAAUUUAAAAA